AGUAUACGAAAUUAGGCAGUACGAGCGACGUCCUCCCCAAGGCAAAAUGUUUUUCCCGCGCACGAUCCUGCUUUGGUUCGCGUUGUUGACGACGGCCAAAUGCGAUGACGACGUCGUCUGUGACGUCGACUUGGUGUGGUACGAAGCGGGCAAAAUCGAGCCACACGAAUACUCGGCCAAAUCGAACGUCACGGACGAUUUGAGGAACGCGACGAAAAUCGAAAUCGCUCAAAACGUCUCGACCCUGCGUUACCUGGAACUCUCGUUCGCGUCGGACCUGAAAGUCCUUGUCGUGGACAACGUAGGAUUAACCACGAUCGAACCUGGUGCCCUCAAAUCGAUCCCGUGGACAGUGGAAAACUUGACGGUGACGAGGAACAAAAUGGCCGCCAUCCCCGCCGGUGUUUUCAACGAUCUGGGCGUGAAAAUUUUGAAUCUGUCAGAUAACCAGAUACAAACCGUGAAGCCUGACGCUUUCAAUCGUAUGACAAACCUGACGACGUUAGUGUUAGACCGUAACGAACUCGUAACGUACGAUUUGGAACUGUCGCAGUGCGAUAGGCUGAGCACCAUCUCCCUCAGGUAUAAUUAUAUAGAGGAGCUUCCGCGAAGCAGCUUCAAGAACCUUAAAGACAACGCGGCCACCGUUAAGCUGAGCUUCAAUAAGAUCGGGAGCGUUCACGAUCUCGCGUUCGAUAUUAAAGAGUUCUGCGAGGUGCAUUUGGAUCACAACGAGCUGACCAACGCGAGGCUCUUGAUCAAGUUGAUCAAGGCGGACAAGGUGGACUUGUCGGAGAACCAUAUCGAGUGUCUGCCGAAGGAGUUUAUGGAAAACGGCCUGAGCAAGAUCAAAGUGUUGAAUCUGACGAACAACCCUCUCAACUGCUCGUGCCUGAACGAUCUGAAGAAGAAGGUGAGGAAGAACGUCGAGUUUCAGAAGAUGUCGCCGCUGGUGAAAAACAUAAACAUUAUUUUACCCGAUAAGGAGUGUCCCAAAAAGUGAGGGGAUGAGCGGAUGUAACUUUCUUUGUAUUUCUUUGUCUCGGGAUCGUAAUUUAUAUCGUUUGGUACGUCUUGGAUUGUUGUAUGUAAAAGAGGUUUUCCUAGAGAAUAAAUUUUAUUAUUUUGAAAGGGGCGUCGUUAUCGAAUACCAGCAUUAAAUCAGCAUUCAAUCUACAUAAUUUUCGAUAUAAACUUCUACUUUGAAUUGUAACACUUUUCUUCCAGUUAGACAAUAGGUUUGCUUUUUCUCUUUUUUGUGUAAAAAACUGAACGAAAAAAUGUAUGUACUCUUUACCUUUAAAAGGAGAAGUGAAAAAAUUGGUGACAAAAUGUUAAAUCAUAAAAAAAUCUGAGAGAGCUGAAUUUUGGUGGACACACCAGUCGAAAUGUCUAAGAUAAAUUGUAGACCAUAAAAUUUUCUACAGAACUGGUUUUUACAUUUUUUUAGGAAUCAACAUUCCUCCGAUAUCGCGUUAAAGAGCAAUAAAAGAAAAGGAAAAACAGUUAAAAGGUAUUUGUUUGGAGUUUCUAGAACUUAACACUUAGAACACCUGAUUUUCGUCUCCAACACAACGCCCUAUCAUCUAACUGUUGAUAAACGCAUAUGCCAUACACGGAAGCAUAAAAAUAGCAAUUAACAAUUUGCCAAUUGUUCUGUUUCAAACAGAGGUUCCACAAUUUGAUGUUAAGUUUAAAUCAGACCCAUAUAAUAUUUAUAUUCCUACAUAGAAUAAUAGUGUAUUCAUCCGCUAUGUUUUUUUAUUAUAUUCUAUAUUUUCUCUAUUAGUGUGAUGUUUAAGAUAUAAAACGAUAAUGGAAACAGUGCACGUAAAUUGACACGUGAAAUCAAAACAGGAAUUUCAAUUUAGAGCGUAAUAAUCAACGAAAGACAUAAAAAGACUUGGAACACAAAGAAAAUGAAGGUAAAUGAAAUUAAUACAAUAAUUGCUUUUAUAUUACGAUUUUGUAAUGAAGCUUCGAAGUACGUUUGGUUGUAAAUUAAUAAAGCCAUUGACAUUAUAAUUUAAUAAUUAUUUUUUCUUAUCUACAGGGACUAAAAAGAGUGCACUAGUUCUUUUAUACUGUCACGAAGUGAAAAAUCGAAAUGCUACAAAUCAGGUGAUCAAGAUCACCAGUUCCAAAGUUGUCGUACUUGGUCAAAAAAUGGGUUUUCAAAAAGGCAAUAGUCAAUCGAUGUAAAAUUAGUGGAUAAGGAGUAUCCCAAGAAGUGAACGGAUUAGAUUUCUUGCAUUUAUUUUUCUCGGGAUAGUAACUUAUAUCGUUUUGUACAUCUUGGGUUGUUGUAUGUAGAGGAGGUUUUUGUAGAGAAUAAAUAUCAUUAUUUUGAGCGGGCGUCAUUUUCCAUUACCAGUAUUACCACAUUCUCUUGAUUAAAGUCUCAAUUACAUAAUUUUCUAUACAUAACACUUACAUAAUUUUCGAAAUAUGCUUUGUAACACUUUCCUUCAGGUUAUUUCCUUUUUAUCUUUUUUUUAUUAAAACCUGAACAAAAAAUUUUAUUUACUCUUUUCGUCGACAUCGAUGAGAGACAUUAGUUACCAAUGGUUGGCAAAUGGAAAAUUUUGCCAGUGUUUGUUACAAUAAUUGCUUCUAUAUGACAUUUCUGUUUAAACACGUAAUAAAAAAAUAGUAAUAAAUGUUCGAUGUGCGCCUGGGUGCCAAGUAGUAAUGGCAUUGUCAACACAAUUCGAUUUCAUCCAAUUUUUCUAU